UUUUCUCUAAAUUUAAAUCGAUUACCGCGUACUGUUUUUCCUGUGUUGCCCGUGCGUACUACACUACAACUACUCACUACUCAGUACUCACUAUAUAAUCACUACUCGGUAGUCCGUAGUUCCGUACUCCGUGUUGACAGAACACUGAACAGUCAAGUCUCCGACGUACUAUUGGACGGACCUAUGUCGUUGCUUAGUUGGCGUCACGUUCGCAUACAUUUCGAAAAAUAUUGCCAUCCGUUCCGUAGCUAUUAAUUCCAUUUAUACAUAAACAUUUYAAAAUCAUUUUGUGUUCAAACAGUUUUCUAUACAUCAAUAGCAAUAAUUACCGUUUCUGUUAAGCAAUAUAUAUUUAUAUACGAACUAAAAUCUUUGAUAUUUACUUAUAAGUUUUCGUAAGUUCAGUGUAAAAAAAAAAAACUGUUGUUAAAAUGUUUAACGGAAUCACUAGUCAGAUGAGUAGCUGGAUCGGUAAAAAGCAAGAGGAUGUAGAAGAAACUGUACCAUCACCAAAGACUGAACAGCCAGAGKAGUACAUUGAAAAAAAAGAAGAUUUAAGCCCAUCAAAACCGCCCAGUAAACUAGAGAUGUUGGGAAAUGUGAAAAAUCAAAUGUCCAGUUGGUUGGGAAGUGGUAUAUCUGGCUUGCGUAAAAGUGACAGUGAAGUUGUACCAGAUCCCCCUGCAGAACUUUUACAAGAAGCUGCCAAAGAAAGUUUUAAAGAGAAAGAUGACGAUAACUCUAGUGCUACUGGAGAUCCAGAUACUCCUAUUUCAGAAGGAGAGGAUGAUUUGGGUAAUAAUCAAGGAGGAAAUGUAUCAACUAAAGCUUUACAAGGAGCAAAAUCGAUAGGAAGCUUCUUAUAUAGUGCUGUGAAUAAAGCAGGAAAAACAGUCAGUGAAGCAGGAGCUAAAAUCAAGAAAACUGUUGGAGAAAACGGAAUACUUGGAGAAUUAAACAAAGAACAAGAGUCAUUUUUAAAAGAUAAAAAAGAUAGUGAGGUUGCUGCUGUUCCACCUUGGAUUGGUCACCCAAAUGAAGAAGCUGUGAAAGCUGAAUGUCUUGCAUUAUCUACAGAUAAACGUAAUUUUGUACGCAGUCCUCCAGUAGGUGUAGAUUUUAGUUUCAAUUAUGAAACUUCAUAUCCUGUCGCUUUGGCUAUUUUAGCUGAAGACCCAAACUUAGAGAAAAUGCGAUUUGAUCUUGUUCCCAAAAUAAUAAAUGAAGAAAGUUUCUGGCAAAACUAUUUCUACAGAGUCAAUUUAAUUUGCAAUGCAAGCAAUUUGGAAUCACUAGAGACAACAGAUUACAAAACAGCAUCAUCAAAUGUCAAUUCUGAUUUGACAGACACCACAAAAAAUGACAAUUAUAUGAAAGAAUCAGAGUUUGUAUCAGACACAUUUGCAGAACAUGAUACAAAUGAAAUAAAUGAAAUAAGGAAGAGUUUGAAAGAAAGUUUGGGCGUUGAGUCUUCAGAAAAUGAAGAACAUUGGGAAAAUGAGUUGGAGGCAGAACUACAAGAGUAUGAGAUUGUCAAAAACAAUGAUGAUGGCCAAACAGACAAUACAAAAACUGGAUUCGGUGAAAUAUAUGACCUCAAAUAAUUGUUUAUUACUUAGCUAUUAGGUCUCAAAAAUAUUGUUAAUUGAUUUUUUAAGGCUGGUGUUCUAUGUAGAAUCUAGAUUAAAUAAGUAAUAAUGAUUGACUGUUUAAAAUUUUAUUAUUUACAAAAUUAAUUCUAUUAUAAUAUUAUAAUGAAACAGCCUAACCAAACAUUUAUAACCAUUUAUGGUAAACUUAAAAAAAUUACCUUCAUGUUGUUAAA